CAUGUGGCAGCCUGGGAGGAUAUGGGAUACUUCAUAUCGGAGCUCAGCUGGUGACCAGCAAAGAAGCAGAAGACUGGUAUCACUAUGUGGAGUUGCGAAGACCUUAAUUACACCAAUAGCGGCGAAGAGCAGUACUUGUGCAAUGAGUUCCACCUUAUUCUCUUUAUUUUCUCCGUACUCUACCUCAUCAUCUGCUUCCCGGUUGGCCUUUGCUAUAACGUGCAGCUGGUGCUGGUCAAUCUAUACAACAAGGCGACUAUGACUAUGCCAGAUGUGUACUUUGUGAACAUGGCCAUUGCUGGGCUCAUCAUUAACGCAGUUGCACCGGUGUACCUUUUUGGACCAGCCUACACUAAGUGGUCCCUGUGGAGUUUUGGAAAUGAAGUUUACAUUACCUUGUUGAUCCUCUUCAAUGUCUCCUCUUUGGUAAUCAUGUAUUCAACCACUUUGCUCAGCCUAGACUACUACAUUGAAUGCGCUCUGCCGAGGACUUACAUGUCCAGUGUGUACAACACAAAGCACGUAUGUGGAUUUAUUUGGGGAGGAGCCGUUCUCACCAGCUUCUCGUCCCUUCUCUUCUACAUCUGUAAUCACGUCUCUACCAAAAUCAUAGAGUGCUCCAAGAUGCAAAACCGAGAAGCCGCAGAUGCAAUCAUGGUUCUUAUUGGCUAUGUGGUGCCCAUCAUUGCAGUCAUUUAUGCACUGGUGCUCAUUCUGCAAAUAAGGAAAGAGGCCACGCCACUUGAUCAAGAGAGCGGCAGACUGGACCCUUCAGUUCACCGGCUUUUAAUUGCCACUGUUUGCACGCAGUUCAUAUUAUGGACGCCCUACUACGUGACACUUUUGGUGAACACUUUCAUGGAUGCACGUGUAAAGUCGUCGAAUACGUUUUACAUAAGAAUAUUUCAAUUUACAGAAGGCCUUUCUAAUUUCUUGGCCUUUUCCAGCAGUUUUGUGUUACCUCUAAUACACAGGCACAUUAACAAAAAUUUCAGUGGUAAAUUACAGAGGUUGCUUAAAAGACUGCACUGUGGGAGCCAAGGAUGCACCCAUGAACACACAGUAGUUCAGCAAGUAAUGACGUAAAAAAAAGUUACAAACUGGAAAUUGUGCAACAUUGAAGUGGUUUGUCAUUAAUCUAACCCAGUUUUUUUUUUAUGUUGGGUGGUUGUGUCAGUUUAAUUCUUGAGCUUCGGAUAGCCCACACUGCAAACUUAUUGCAUGUCACUUUAUUAUUCACUGUCUUCAAUAUAUCAUCUUUGAAGUACUGGUACCCACUGACAUGCUGCUGACCUGAAUCGUGGAUUUUGGGAGGAAAGAGACCAAAAGUCAGUAUCACUUUAACUUCCUAAAGGGAUAUAAGUAACGUACUGAUUUUUGGUAACCAACUAUUGCAAUUCAGUAAGGCGGAGAUGGUGCUUGAACAGCCAGAGAACAUUCCAUGUGUCCUUAGGCCUAAGCCGGUGCCAUGUUUGAAGACCGAUUUAUUUAGAUGCUGCAAGAGACACCCAACCUUGUUAUUCUAUCAGAGAAAAUAUAAAGUAAUGAGAGGAGAAGUUAUGAUGAUAAUUGUUGCCAUUACAUAGAAUUAAGUUCAAAGCACUUUGAUAGUAGAAGAGUUUCUAUUUUUUUGGUAUGGAAUAUUAAAAAUGUGUGAAUUGAAUUUGUCUCCUGAUAAUUGUAAGAUAUGCAGAAACGACAUCCGUUGCUAAAAUGACUACUGUACAAACAGGGUUCUGAAGUUUAUGGAAGGGAGGAUAUGGUUCAUCCCAAAUAUGAAUUUAUACAAAUACUAUGCAUAUAUAUUACAGGUAUUCAUUUUUGAGUAAGCAAAUAAGCAACAUCCAUUGCUGCCCUAAACCAUUUAAAUAAAGAAUUUGAUUGAUUGGCACAGUAAAUUACUAUAUAAUAGUGAAGCAUGUACCAGAAAAUAAACGGAGGUACAACGUCAAUAUGGGCCAGUUUCAACCUCCACCCUGAAAAUAUCCCGGCCCAUGGCAAUAUCUACUUCAGUGAUCAUAAGCUCAUACUUCAUACUUUUAACAUUGUAAAAGCUGUGGAAAUAAAACUGUACUUAGGACAAAUAAAACAUAUUUGCCCAUUUCAGUUCUAAAUUAUUCAUGCUGAUGGUAUUGCCUACCACUAAUUCCCUUCAAUAGGAGAACCACUGGAUCUUAGAGUACAACAACAGCUAAAGACAAAUAUCUGUUAUGUGAAUACUAAUAAAUGUUACUCAAGUGUAAAAUAUGUCAUUAAUACAUUUACAUAGACAUGUUUCAAGGCCCUAAAAAGGUUGAGCUACUGGGAAAAUUUACAGAUCAACACUGAAGUUUCUGCUUCCAGAAAGUGUUUUUCCACACCCUGGUAUAACUUAAAACCUACAGCUAAGACUUUGCGACAGUGUUCAUCUAUUUAGCUAUAUGUUAUGUGGGGAGAAGGAUCAAAGUUUCUAGAAAUAUAAUACACUUUAAGAGUUUGGAUUUUUCAUACAAAAA